AUGGGAUGUCAUUGUACCAAAACAAAGGAAUUAGAAAAAUCAUAAUCCAAACAACCUUAAAUAAUCAUUUAAAGAAUAGAAUAAAAGAGUUUUACAUAAUCUACUUCUGAUUAAAUAAAAGAAGAUUAUGAAGAUCUUAAACCCCCAAAAUUAUACUUCAUAAGUAAUUCUAAUAGAGGAAUAAACUAAAAUCAUUAAACUGAAAGAGAAAUAGGAGGAAAGAAAGAAAGAUUUUCCUAUUUAUAUAUACGUCCAUAUUAGAAAAAAUGA